AUGAAAGAAACUGUGUCUGAUGAUGUACUCAGAGAGUACUUCCCUGAUCUGCCCUUGGGACCUCUGGAUGGUUAUAGACGUAAGGCAUCUUUCGAUUGGAGGCAAAUGAAACUUGUCUAUGAUACAUUGUCCACAAUAAAGAUGAAACAUGACAUCUGGAGCUUCAUGGAACAACAUCCACUGUUCCAACAUGCAGAUUUACCACUCACCAUGGAUGAACAAAGGCAUUUAGCAGUGAAAAGGAUGUAUGCUUUGUACAAUGAAAGAUUUGCCCCCAUCGAAAAGAUUGCUCAAGACCCGAGAAUCUUUCAAGCAGAAUCCGAAGCUAUGUUCAUGUUUGACAGCUCCUUGACUGUCAAAAUCUCACUGACCUUCCGAAUGUUUUCCAACUCGAUUCAAGGGAGCGGAAGACCAGAUCAAUAUCAUUUUGUUGAGGAUGUAGAAAAGGCGAAAAUCGGGGGGUGUUUCGCACUAACGGAAGUGUCACAUGGUUCUAACGCUAAGGGAAUGCGGACAACUGCAACUUAUUGCCCAGAAAAGAGACAGUUUGUAUUGCAUACGCCUGACUUUGAAGCUGCCAAGUUUUGGGUUGGGUGCUUAGGUAAAUGCGCCACCCAUGCGAUAGUCUACGCCAUGCUUAUAUCAAAGGGAAUCAACCAUGGUCUUCACUCGUUCAUCGUCCCCAUUCGGGACCCCAAGACCUUGAAGCCGUUUGCUGGCGUCACCGUUGGGGACAUUGGAGAGAAGAUUGGUCUGAACGGUGUUGAUAAUGGUUUUGUGAUGUUCAGUAACUACCACAUACCAAAGGAAAUGGCUCUGGAUAAAUUGGGUGGUGUGGACGACAAUGGGGAUUAUAAAACACCAUUCAGGGAUCCUAGUAAACGAUUCGGGGCUUCCUUGGGAAUACUGUCAGGAGGUCGAGUUCAUAUCACAUCGAUAUCAACUAAUUACCUGCAAAAGGCAAUAGUGAUUGCUGUAAGGUACUCCGGAGUGAGGAAACAGUUCGGGGCUGAGAAUGGUUCCGAGGAAAUGCCUGUGUUGGAAUAUCAACAGCAGCAAAUCCGUCUUCUGCCGUACUUAGCAGCGACCUAUGCAUUCCGCGUUUUCUGUUCGUGGUUCGGCACUACGCACGUACAGAUGACCAUAGACAACAUGAUGGGUAAGACUGAGAAUGCCGCAAAUAAGGGUAUGGAGAUGCACGCGUUAUCUUCAGCCGUCAAGCCCAUAUCUGGAUGGACCGCGAGAGAUGCCAUACAGAACUGUAGAGAAGCUUGUGGCGGGCACGGGUAUUUAAAAGCUGCAGCUAUAGGCGAUAUACGUAACGACAACGACGCGAACUGCACAUACGAAGGCGAAAACAGUCUUCUAGUGCAGCAAAGCAGCAAUUGGCUGCUGGGAGUGUGGCCUCAGAGGAACAUUAUCACCCCGGAACAAACUCCUUUGGGAUCGUUGGAGUUUCUGAAGGGAGUAGACAGGGUGCUUACUGAGACUUGUCGGUGGUGUAAUGCGAAGGAUUUGGUUGAACCUCAAAAUCUAAUCGAAACAUACAAAUGGCUGACAGCAUACACGCUCAAGAUGACGUAUGAGAAAAUAACGAACUUAAAGCAGAGCGGAAAGAGCAGUCUCCAAGCGAGGAACGAGUCACAAUCUUAUAAUGCUGUUAAUCUUUCCGUUAUAUACGGCGAGAAUUUCAUCUUGAAUCACUUUUACAAAACCGUGAAGGAGUUUGAAGACGAACCGUGUCGUAAAGUACUAUUAAAGCUGGUGGCGUUGUAUGGAGCUUUUCUACUUGAGAAGCACAUGGCUACAUUGUAUAUUGGCGGCUACUUCACAAAGGAUCAGGGUUUGUACCUUCGUGAAGGUAUACUGCAGCUCUGCUCGCAAAUCGCUCCGGAGGCUAUAGCUCUCGUUGACACCCUGGCUCCACCAGACUGGUGUUUGAACUCGGUACUUGGUGCAUCCGAUGGCGAGGCCUACAAAAAUAUACAGAACAAUGUAAUGACAUACCCCGGAUCAAUGACUCGUCCGGAGUGGUGGAAGGACGUCGUGUUUUGGGAUACAUAUGUGCAAUCUAAGCUAUAA